CGCAGUUUAAGCGCGCCGAGGGGGAGAGCGGGUUCCUGGAAGCUUUUGGAGCCGCGCGAGGCAGCCGCAGGUGGGACCGUUACCCGCCCGCAGCUGGGAGCGAGCGGAGCGGCCGGAAAGGAAGCGUGCCUGUCCACCAUGAUCCCCCUGGAGAAGCCCGGCAGCCGCGGCUCCCCCUCGGCCGCCGCCUCCGGGUCGGGCCGGGCGGGCAGGAGUCUGGGCGCGCCGCGCCGGCCGCCGCCCCCACCUCAGGCCCGCGGGCUGCUGACGGAGAUCCGCACGGCCGUGCGCACCGAGCCCUUCCAGGACGGCUACAGCCUGAGCCCGGGCCGAGAGCUGGGCAGGGGGAAAUUUGCAGUGGUGAGGAAAUGUAUAAAGAAAGAUUCUGGAAAAGAAUUUGCAGCAAAGUUCAUGAGAAAAAGAAGAAAAGGUCAAGAUUGUCGGAUGGAAAUAAUUCAUGAGAUUGCAGUUCUUGAACUAGCACAGGACAAUCCAUGGGUCAUUAAUUUACAUGAAGUCUAUGAAACUCCAUCAGAAAUGAUCUUAGUUCUGGAAUAUGCUGCUGGGGGUGAAAUCUUUGACCAGUGUGUUGCAGACAGAGAAGAAGCCUUUAAAGAAAAGGAUGUUCAAAGACUCAUGAGGCAGAUAUUAGAAGGUGUCCACUUUUUACAUGCUCAUGAUGUAGUUCAUCUUGACUUGAAGCCUCAGAAUAUUCUGCUGACAAGUGAAUCUCCACUGGGUGACAUUAAGAUAGUUGAUUUUGGUCUUUCAAGAAUAAUGAAGAACAGUGAAGAGCUCCGAGAAAUUAUGGGUACUCCUGAAUAUGUGGCUCCCGAGAUUCUUAGUUAUGAUCCUAUCAGCAUGGCGACGGAUAUGUGGAGCAUUGGAGUGCUAACAUAUGUCAUGCUCACUGGAGUGUCACCUUUCUUAGGUGAUAAUAAACAAGAAACAUUCCUAAACAUCUCUCGGAUGAGUUUAAGUUAUUCUGAGGAAGAGUUUGAUGUUGUGUCUGAGUCAGCUGUUGACUUCAUCAAGACACUUUUAGUUAAGAAACCUGAAGAUCGAGCCACAGCCGAAGAAUGUCUAAAACAUCCGUGGUUGACAGAGAGCAGUAUUCAGGAUCCUUCUUUCAAGGUGAAAGGGGCAUUAGAAGAAGCAAAUGCGCUCCAAGAAGGUGAUUCUGUGCCUGAAAUUAAUUCAGAUACUCAGAAACCAGAAACCGAGGAAUCAGUUGUAACAGAGGAGUUAAUUGUAUUUACUUCAUAUACUUUAGGACAAUGCAGACAGUCUGAAAAAGAGAAAAUGGAGCAAAAGGCCAUUUCCAAACGAUUUAAAUUUGAGGAACCUUUGCUACAAGAAAUUCCAGGAGAAUUUAUCUACUGAGCAGUACUUCCCUUUAGAACUUUAAGAUUUCUACAUUGAAACCAUUAUUAUUAUUUAUGGACUUCUGGCCAAAUGGUACAUGUACUGAAAGUGGAUAAACCAGGUAUCACUGAUAGAAACUCAAAUAACUUUGUCAAACUUGUGGAGUUAGAUAUAUCAAGACAGAUUUAUAAAGCUGCCAACCAGGAGUUUUAACGGGUAAAGUUUUAUCUGUGUCAAUGUUAUUUUUUUAAGAAGGGAGAUGUUUGAACCUUUUGUUUCUAAAUCUUGUUUCUCCAGAAUGAGAAUUUGUUAUGCAAAGAUACCUGUAUUUACUUUCUUUAAAAAUCUAAGUAAAAGUGCCAAAUUAACAUCUUUGUAAAUCUAUUUUGCAGUAUUCAUGUGUAUCUGUAUCUGCAUAUUUGUAUGUUGAUAUCUUUGCUAAAACUGAUACCUUUUCACUUUGGAUUUUUUGAGGGGAGUAAGCUUUUUAAUUAGGUAUCUUCCAAAUUUUGAGUCCUAGAAUAACAUCCGCUAGAGUUUGAUAAUGUCUUAUUUUUAUAUUUUAUUACUGCUUUAUAUUGACUUGAUUUGACUUCUGUCGUCCUUGUUUUUGCCUAAUGCUUGUAACCUAUCAGUGAAAAGCCCUGGCUAAUUUCUUUUUUCUUCAGUGUCACUAGUAAGAGUGGUGUUGAUUUUUCACCUCAAACUAUUCUGGUUUUAAGGUCAAGGUUAACCCAAGUGCUGACCUCUCGCCGUUUCCCUCAGCACGCCUUACCCGUCUGCGUGCUCUCAGGAGACGGACCCAUGCCACCUUCUCACGUGCUUGUCACCUAAUUUGGGUCACUUGCAAGUGUCAGUGUGAUCUGAUCAACAUGGUGGUUGCUUUGGUCAGUGAAGGACGCUGUUGCAUUGUUUUUGUUAAUAAAACCCCCCAGAGAGGGUAAGAGGUGGAGCAUCUUCGUCCUAGCCAUUGAGCCUCCACUUCUGUGGAGUUUAUGUGCCCUCAGACUAUACUGGGAAACGUUAUAAAAAGCCACAAUAUUUAUAAACUUUGUUUUGUUCAUAAAAAAUUGGACCUUGGAUACUUUGUCAUCAGGGGAGCAGCCACGUUCCCAGAAGACUUACAAGAAUUUAAGUUGAUUAGGAUGUAUGUAGGCCCCACAGUGAACAAUACAUUCCUAUUAAACAGUGGAAACGUACAAGUGUACGCCGUGUAACUUAAACAACUAAAUAUCCUUCUCACACGAAAA